AUAUCUACCGAUUGCAACACGUAUCAUCCGCUGAGGUCAGGCAGUGAGGGUACAAGUUGUUCAAAACCAUUCGCUGGAAACUUUUGUUUAACUGUACCUCAGAUCGUUUUCCCGCAAAAGUUUUGGCGCGCUUGGCCACGGCAACGGCACGCGGGAACCCUUGCUUUUGUCCAGUUUUUUGGGACAGUUCAGUAGCGGAGAGGAGUUGCUGCUGCUGCUUAGAUGGUUGUUAUGGACCGUAUUAUCGCAAUCGUGGGGGAUCUGCCUUUAAGUCUUUCACCUUUGCCGACCGGCUGUGUGUCGACAAAGUGAUUCCGUUAUCUAUUGGAAUUUUAUCAAUUGAGGCCGUUUGAAACACAUGUUAAAUUAUUGAUACUGUUGGAUAUCAGGUAUCAAGUGAGUCGUUAAAUCUUGGUUUUUCUCUUUGUGUAAAUAGGUAUAUAUGUGAACUGUAGGCAACACUUGUGCAUUCCAACUGUAAAUAGGCUAAGUUUGAGAAAUGUACAUAGCCACAUGCAGACUUCUCUGCUGUGCCGCGUGAAAUUCACAUUUGUAUCUAGGAUUACGAGUAGAUAGAGCAAAGAACUGAAAAUAUUCAGUUGUCAGUGAUUUUCGUAAGUACUGAUGAUCUCCUAGGUCGAGUUCUCAUUCCUGUACUAGGACAGGGGACGUUUUUGUCACUUUCACUUUCCUGUCAUGUCACUUCCCUGAGUCAUGAUGGCGGUCUCAUGUGAUGUUUGAUUUUUGAUGCCCGGCAUCUCUUUCAAUUAAGUCACCAGAAGAGGACCUAAAUCAGAGGGAUCUUCCUGCAUCCGAUCUUCUCAUUCAUAUCGGACUGGGACUGAGAAGACGCAGAUGGCUCAGACGGGAAGCCCUGACAGUAUGGGAGUGCCGAUAAACUACACCAUCGCCCAUGAGAUGUUCAGUGGAAAUGGCACCAGUAACGGGACAGGGAAAGGGUUGCAGCCCUCCUCCCAGGACCAGUGCGCCACGCUGAACUUCUCACAUCCAGUUAAAGUUGACAAUACGCAAUUCAGCAUCGCAUCGACGGUGGGACUGUUGACAAUUAUGGGGAACUUCAUGUCACUGUUGGUCGUUGGGAACAUUCUCCGUCGACGAAAAGAUACAAGAAAUGGUUCAACAAUUUAUCUAUUUUCAUUGGCGUCUUCAGAUUUUCUCCAGGCAUUAUUCGUGUACCCAAUUCACAUUGCUGCACAAGUGAAAGGCCAGUGGCUGGGAGGAUACUUUACAUGUAUGCUAAUGGCUUACGCCGGAAACUUUUUCUAUAUCCUCUCCGCGUUUAUUGUGACUCUUUUAGCAAUUGUGCGAUAUGGUGCAACAUCGCGCCCACUAAGCUUCAAACCUCAUUUGGAACGUACAAAACUUUGGAUGCACAUUUUCCUCGGCGUUGUGUUAUUUUCGACAGUUAUCUCGGCACUUCCCUUCACGAGACUCGGUUGUAUUUCAUUUCAUGCCAGUGGUGCUAUCUGCAGUUACGAUUGGCACACAACGGGCCUCGCGAGCGUUAGUCCAAUUAUGAUAUUCGCGACGCAGUCUGUCAUGCUCCUGGUCAUCAUCACGUGCACAGCCGGGACAAUAUACUCCCUUCACGCCCAGAGCAAGCGGCACACAGCAAUCCUCAAACGGAUGGAGCGCAAUUUCUCAAUGGGUGUGGUUGCCAUAGCAACAGUCCAAGUUAUCUGCUGGGGACCUUUUGUGGUUUGGCAAAGUAUCUCGCGCUCGACGGGCAUAAUCAACCCAAUCGCCGCCAUGGUCGCAGGCUAUCUUACUUUCUUUGUCUCUGUGUUCAACCCGAUUGUUUUCGCCGCCAUGAUGAAGCCAUACCGCGAUGACAUACGUCGAUUACUGUGCCUGGUUUUCGCUUGCAGGCAGUGUAACUACGAAGACGACCAUGAUUCAGACAGUUCGCGCCAUCGACGGAUAUCAUCAUCCAGCGUGACGAAACCGCUGAUGACGACAUCAAUAUCGAGCUAUGGGAAGAAGGGAAACAUAUCUCAAGCAAAGGCCGAGGACAUUUUGAAAAAAUAUCAGCCAAAGAAAGAGCAGAAAUCCCCACUGAUUGUUGACCUAAAUAAAACAGGCAAUGGAGGUAACUGUCAACAUUCUGAUGGCCUUGGCAGUAGUUGCUGUCGCAGUGACACUGCUUGCUGAUGCUUCAUUGGCUACGAGAAUCUCAUGUUACCAUGGUAACAGACUUUGUUUUUAUGAAAUUGUGAAAUAAAGUGUUUCUGCCAUCGUUUUAAUUAAAAACAAUAUUUAUGUUUUGUAACUUUGGUAACCAUAGUUGUUACUUUGUUGUUAUGAUUCCUGAUUAUGGGAACAAACCCAUGGCCAUGGUAACAAAAUCACCAGUAUUUGUUACCAUGGUAACAGACAAUACUGAUAUAGUCAGUUCAUUUAUAGCCAUGACAACGCUAUGUUGACAGUCUUUUCUUUAUGGACAACAUUGGUUGCAUAUAAAGAAGAAAUCAUUUGUUUUCAUCAAUGACCGUACUGGAAGUGCAUGUAGCAAGUAUUUUAUUCAAAAGGGAAGCCUUUCUGUAAAGAUUAGUAUAUGCUAUUACUGUGGUUUAAAAAUGCCCUAGCGGCAUCAAAUAGAAGUGUUGAGCUAGUAUCCAAUAUUGACAGGGAAACAUGAUACAUGUAGAAUGUGUUGUAACUGUUAUAAUUACAGGCUGUACAAAAUAACUAUGUCAGUCUUGGUAUUUCUGAGGGUUAUAGGACAAUUAGAUACAUGUAUAUCAGAAAAUGUGGUCUCCUCACAAGAGAGAAGAUGAACUAUCAACUUUGCCGGUACGCGAUAGUUCCUCUUCUUCUUAGUAGGUGGUUCCACUGGUAUUUCAAGGGAGGCACAUUUCUAGAUAUUGUCCUUUGUGUAGUUUUAUGAGAGAGUCUAUGUGAUUGUUGUAUCAUCAUAAUUUUAUACUAAUAACUUUUGUUAAGGAAAUUUGACAGAAUCAAUCCAUCUAGCCUUGUCAUUAGUCCUGUCAUUAAAACCACAGUCCAGUCAUUGGAGCUACAGUCUAGCCAUUUGAACUAUAGUCUUGGAAUAAUUUCCUUUAAAGUUUUUGGAUAUAAAACAGACACUAUGUUGGGACAUUCUGCAUGUAGAGUUAUACAGUUGGGUGUAUGUUGUUUCAUAGAAAUACUCAGAUUAUAACAUGUUGUACGAAUAUUGAAAAUUAAAAACGAAUUAUCAUUAA